GCCGUGGAACCACCACUGGACCUGGAUCUGUUGCCGCACAUGUGCUUACCCGUGUCCGCGAUCCUCUGAUCCAUGAGACUGGGCGGAAAAUCAUGUCCUUGGAGUCGCACAAGCAGAGUGCAUUGGUACUAAAGAUUGACUCAUACUAGUAUGAUCUGCAUUUGAUGAAGUUGAACUACAGACCCGCAACGGAGAAGGGAAGAAAUAAUCAGUGCGGGACAUGACCGGGAAAGACCGCCCACGACAACCGUUUCAUACGAAUCUGUGUUCUGCUGUCUAUUGCUUUGAAUCGUCAACAAUCCUGAGUCACAGGUCGGCCUCCAUAUAAGAAGGCUCUGUAGACGGUUGGGUGAGUUGUUUGUCUCAAGGUACCAUGUCUUCUUCUCCCAAGCAUAUGCCUGCUUCUUCUGGGAUCGGGCCUCGCUGGCAAACACUUUCGUUUCUAACGAUCAUUCUCGCAUUGGCCAUUGGGAUCGGGAACACCGUCCUCGAACAUGGCGGGCCAGCCCGAUUUUUGCUAGCAUACACGCCUCCUGCUCUUCUCUCGCUAGAUCAGCGGGUCCACAGAAUCCUGUCGCGAACACCCUUACUCGACGGACAUGAUGAUCUGGCCGCGCAAGUGCAAGAAAAUUUCGGCAAUCGCAUCUACAGCACAGAGUUCAAGUCCAAAUUCGAACAAGGUCCAAUGCCAGCUCACUUGGAUCUCCCUCGCCUUGCUAAGGGAAAGCAAGGCGGGUUUUUCUGGAGUGCCUGGGUCGAUUGUCCUGCUGACAGGUACGACUUUUCCAAUGAGAACUAUGCACCUGUUGUCAUGAAAGGAUUAGCACAGGUCGAUGUGAUCCGCCGGCUACAGGCUGAGCAUGCGGACCUGUUCUCGCCGCCAACACUGGAGAGCACAGCGGCAGUGGCGGCGUUCCGACGCCAUGGAAAGCUCAUUUCGCCCAUCGGGGUGGAAGGGCUCCAUAUGAUUGGCAGGAAUGCUUCGUUGCUCAGACUAUACCACUCUCUCGGCGCGAGGUACUUUACUUUGACGUGGAACUGCCACAAUGCCUUUGCGGAUGCCGCGGCGGUCAGCGUCGAGCCGGAGGAUCCAGGCGAGAUGUUUGCCGCUAGGCCGGCCAAGCCUCAUUGGGGAGGGUUGAGUCCUCUGGGGACGAAGUUGAUGGAUGAGAUGAAUCGGUUGGGAAUGAUCAUCGACCUCGCUCAUGUCAAUGCAGCGACCAUGCACGACGUCCUAGCUGGCAACACCACAAAGUCGUACGCGGGUAGUCGGGCCCCCGUCAUAUUUUCACACUCGCGGCUUUCGCGCUGUGUCCGCACCCGCGCAAUGUCCCGGAUUAUAUCUUGCCGCUGGUCAAGAAGACCAACUCGGUCGUCAUGGUCACGUUCGUCCCGGAGUUUGUUUCGUGCGUCAACUCGUCCAAACCGGACAGAUUGCCUACUUUUCACCCUCCGAACUCUACGCUUGGUUUUGUCGCAGAUCAUAUCAUGUAUAUUGGUAACAAGAUUGGUUUUGAACAUGUCGGCAUCGGGAGCGAUUUUGACGGGUGUUUCGAUACGCCCAGGGGAUUGGAAGAUGUUAGUAAGUUCCCGGAUCUGGUGCGGGAGCUGUUGGUCAGGGGAUUGAGCGACGAUCAAGUCGAAGGUAUUGUUGGUGGUAAUGUGCUACGGGUCUGGAAGAGGGUCGAAGAAGUUGCACAGGAGAUGCAGGCCAGUGGCGCCUUGCCGAUGGAAGAUGAGAUCUGAAUUGCUAUAGUAGUUCGGGGCCAAUCAUGGAGCACGACAUAGAAGGAUAAAAAGAGAAAGCCCAAUAUAGGAGCGGCAGUGCAAGCAGCUUUCGACCUACAGCGUCGAAGGCGCCAUAGACGCCACGUGUAAGGAGACGUCCCGAGGAUCGACACUUCUACAACACCGGCAAAAGGUUCAGCAAAGGGGCUGGGGAAGAUAACCCUAAAGGGGGUAUAAAGGACAUGUAAUGAGAUAUGGGUAUUUGACGCUGCGAACAGAGGCUCUUAGCGCGCAAUCCUGCGGGAACCGUAGAGCAAACUGGAGACAGAUGAGGAGCCACACGCGCAACUUUGAGCAGGGUGAUUUGGAAAGAUCGCGUAGCACGCAAAAAGCUGGGUCAAGAACCGCACAAUGUGUUGCUCGGAUGUGGAAAAAGCAGUAUUCGAAGCAUAAAACGGGCUGGCGCACUCGGAAACUGGAUGUUCGAAUUAGUCAGGCACGCGACCACCGCUUUGCAUAAGUUCAUGAUGAUUUGCUUCGCCAG